AUGGUCAUGUUAGUGCAGGAGUGGGGAACCUCCGAGCCCGCCCCGCCGCCGUUCCCAGAGAGCAGAGAUUUGGUGCAGAAUGGCCCCAGGCCCUCCGAAGGCUGUGGGUCCAUUGGACGCUGGGUGCUGCCCUCCCAGCUGCCCACUGAAGCUCUGCGCUGGGCCGUCCUUGCAGAACUGCGCCUGGCCAACGGGCCCAGCCGGUGCCAGGGCCGCGUGGAGAUCCUCUACAACGGCUCGUGGGGCACAGUGUGUGACGAUGACUGGGACAUCGUAGAUGCCAACGUUGUGUGUCGGCAGCUGGGCUGCGGCCAUGCCAUCGCCCUGCCGGCACCCAUGACCUUCGGGCAGGGGAGCGGGCCCAUCUUCUUGGACAACGUGGACUGCAAGGGCCAGGAGGCGGCACUGAGCGAGUGCUGGAGCCACGGAUGGGGCAUCCACAACUGCUACCACUACGAGGACGUGGCUGUGGUCUGCAAUGAGCUCUCCCCCACAUCAGCAAGCGAAGGACCGACCAGCAGGACUGCUACAGCCUCGGUGCAGAAUGGGGAAGGUGACGGCCGCAUCCGGCUGGUGAGCGGGGCAGACGCCUGCCAGGGCCGCGUGGAGAUCUUCUACCAGGGGAGCUGGGGCACAGUGUGCGACGACGACUGGGGGCUGAGCGACGCCAGCGUGGUCUGCAAGCAGGUGGGCUGCGGCCAGGCUCUGGAGUACAAAAGCAACGCCUAUUUCGGCUACGGCACGGGGCACAUCCUGCUGGACAACGUCAACUGUGAGGGCAGCGAGCCCAUCCUCUCCGCCUGCUACAGCCUCGGCUGGGGCAUCCACAACUGCGGCCACCACGAGGAUGCCGGGGUCAUCUGCAUGGGUAAUGGGGCACGAGAAUGGGACGUCCUUGCACAGAAACAGCCUGCCUGGCCGGGACAGGAGGGAGGGAGCGCAGCCAGGGCUGGGCAUGCCACUGGGAUUGCCUCCUCCCUGCACUGCCCAGCCCUGCCAUCACCCACUGAUUACCAUUUAUAUUGUCUGGACACAUCCACCAUCACAUCCUUCACCACCUCCACGGCCCUGGACCAUGAAGAAAUGCUCACUGCCACAGCCACAGUGACAGACGGCCACGAGCAGCCCUCGCCUGCGACCGAGGUGAUCACCACUGUGCUCAUCACUGCUGAGCUGGAAAGUGGCGGCGUGCGGCUGGCGAACGGCAACGGGAGCUGCCGCGGUCGGGUGGAGGUGCGGCACGGCGGGACGUGGGGCACGGUGUGCGACGACGACUGGGACUUCCCCGACGCGCAGGUGGUGUGCCGGCAGCUGGGCUGCGGGCCCGCCGUCUCCGCCACCGUCCUGGGUUCCUUCGGGUACGGCAGCGGGCCCGUGCUGCUGGAUAACGUGGGGUGCGACGGGCACGAGAUGCGCCUGGCCGACUGCUUCCACCUGGGCUGGGGGCAACACAACUGCGGCCAUCACGAGGACGCGGGCGUGGUGUGCCGAGGUGCGUGGUCUCUUCCAGCCUCAGUGGCUCUGCAGUUGUAUGAUUCUGUGAACCCUGUGGGUCCCUUCCACCUUGGGAUGUUCUGUGACUCGGACUCAGGGAGGACAGCAGCACUGCAGUGCUGUGGCUGGGUGAAGAAGACAUGGGUGCUGCUUCUUCUUCCCUUGCCAGCCCCAUGCCACGUGCACAGGGACUAUUGGCUGGUCCUGGGGAGCACAGGAUGUCCCAAAAUCAUCUUCCUCCCACCUUUCCCUGCCUCAUCAGGUGCUGAUGACUCAGGAGUCCACUUCGAAGAAGCCACCGCUGCCACCACCACGUCAGCCCUGACCCAUCUGGAGGAUGGGUUCUUGCGCCUGGUGAACGGCAGCCAUCGGUGCGAGGGCCGCGUGGAGAUGUUCUACCUGUCCCAGUGGGGCACGGUGUGUGACGACGCCUGGGACCUGCGGGAUGCCAAGGUGGUGUGCAGGCAGCUGGGCUGUGGGCACGCUGUGGCAGCGUGGGGGGAAGCACGCUACGGCCCCGGCUCCGGUUACAUCUUCCUCGACAACCUCAAGUGCAAGGGCAGCGAGCCCUCACUGCUGCGCUGCUCCCACAUCCGCUGGGACGUCCACAACUGUGACCACUCGGAGGAUGCCAGCGUGGUCUGCAGCCUCCUAUGACCACCCACCCGCAGGGACCA